GAAAAACAAAGAUGGCAGCGCCCACGAUCUGCACACCUGGUCAAAGAAUAUGUCGCUUAGAGGAAGGCCAAGUUGCUGGUUCUGGUACAGAUGUAAGACAAGGGUACCUGUACUCUUGUCUUGCUGGAUAUGUCAAUGUCAGGGAGGGGGAUGGAGAGAGUGGCAAGACAGUGAUAGAGGUUUUGACAGAGAAGAAACACAACAUUGUUCCUUCAGUGGGAUCUCUCGUUACUUGUAGGGUCACCAAUGUAAAUCCAAGAUUUUGUAAAUGUGCCAUAUUAGGAGUAGACAACAUGCCAUUAAAAGAAUCAUUCCGAGGGCUUGUCAGAAAAGAAGAUGUCAGAGCUACAGAAAAGGACAGGGUUGAAAUGUACAAAAGUUUCAGACCUGGUGAUUUGGUUAUAGCACGAGUUUUGUCAUUAGGAGAUGCACAGUCCUACCUACUGACCACAGCAGAAAAUGAACUAGGAGUUGUGGCAGCUGUCAGUGAAGCAGGAGUGAAUAUGGUCCCAGUCAGUUGGAAUGAAAUGAUUUGUCCAAAAACGAUGUCAAAAGAAUUCAGGAAAGUAGCCAAAGUGCAACCCCAGUAUAUAGACAAUACUACUGCUACAUGACGACAAUGUAAUAUAUGGAUCAGAGAAGAUGCAUAUAUAUAUGACAUUUGGACAUUGGUUUUCAUAGUCUUGCAGCAUAUAAGUGAAAAGUAAAUAUGGGAAUGUUUUAUGGGACAAAUUGAAUCUGAAACCUAAACAGUGAAAUUCAAACUCCAUUCUUAAGUGUGCCCAGACAAGAGGUCCUGUCCAAGAUAUUUUUAGACAUUUUUAUGGA